UUUGGGAUGUUGACAUGAGUUUAGUAUUUGACAAUUGACAUUUGAAGGUUUUCUUUUCAAGAAAGAAAAUAAAAAAUGGCUGGUGCGCUGGCGAGAAUUAUUCAGAGUACAAAAAAUAAUUUAGGUAUAAUCGGUCCCUUGGCUACGGUCAACAAUGGUUCGGUCCGAUUUCAACAGACAGAAAGUACUAAAACAAAGUUUGGGCCACUGGCUGACAGUGACAGAAUAUUUACCAAUUUGUAUGGCCGACAUGAUUGGCGACUGAAAGGAGCCCUGCGGCGCGGUGACUGGUAUAUGACCAAGGAGAUCAUGCUCAAGGGCGUAGACUGGAUUGUCAAUGAACUCAAGACAUCUGGACUCCGUGGUCGUGGAGGCGCUGGAUUUCCAACUGGUAUGAAAUGGUCCUUCAUGAACAAACCUUCCGAUGGUCGACCCAAGUAUCUCGUAGUGAAUGCUGAUGAAGGAGAGCCAGGCACCUGCAAGGACAGAGAAAUUAUGCGCCAUGAUCCUCACAAGCUGGUUGAGGGAUGCUUAAUAGCUGGCAGAGCUAUGGGAGCUCAAGCAGCUUAUAUUUACAUUCGAGGAGAGUUUUACAAUGAAGCUAGUAAUCUACAAGUGGCAAUUGCUGAAGCAUACCAGGCUGGUCUGAUCGGCAAGAAUGCUUGUGGAUCGGGCUACGACUUUGACGUGUUUGUUCACCGCGGCGCUGGAGCAUACAUCUGUGGAGAGGAGACAGCACUCAUUGAGUCUAUUGAGGGCAAGCAGGGGAAGCCCCGACUUAAGCCACCUUUCCCCGCAGACGUCGGUCUUUUCGGUUGUCCCACUACCGUCAACAACGUUGAGACCAUCGCAGUCGCACCCAGCAUUUGUCGUCGCGGCGGCAAGUGGUUUGCGUCGUUCGGUCGCCCUCGCAACAGCGGCACCAAGUUGUUCAACAUAUCCGGUCACGUGAAUACUCCCUGCACCGUGGAGGAGGAGAUGAGCAUCCCUCUCAAGGAGCUCAUUGAACGACACGCUGGCGGUGUGACCGGCGGCUGGGACAACCUGCUGGCCAUCAUACCCGGGGGUUCGUCGACACCGCUCAUACCAAAGGAUGUUUGUGAAACAGUCUUAAUGGACUUUGACGGUCUCGUAGCUGCUCAAACAUCCCUGGGUACAGCCGCCAUCAUUGUGAUGGACAAGUCCACUGAUAUAGUGAAGGCCAUUGCUCGCCUCAUCAUGUUCUACAAGCAUGAGUCGUGUGGUCAGUGCACUCCCUGCAGGGAGGGGGUCUCUUGGAUGAACAAAAUGAUAUAUAGAUUUGUUGAUGGUAAUGCAUCUCCAAAGGAGAUUGACAUGUUGUGGGAGAUCUCCAAACAAAUUGAAGGACACACGAUCUGCGCGCUGGGCGACGGCGCGGCGUGGCCGGUGCAGGGCCUCAUCCGUCACUUCCGGCCCGAGCUCGAGCGCCGCAUGCAGGCCUACGCGCAGCAGCACGGACCCAGCCGCGCCGAGCGCCUCUACUAGCGCGCCGGACAUGAUUAGCGAAUGUCGAUCUUAAAAAUAUGGACACAACGACUGUAUUGACUGUCGUCGAUAUCGGCUAUGUCGUUGUAAACAUGAUUUUAAGGCCACCCGUACCUCAUGCAAUAAAACGAUGAAUUAUUCAAACUAGUAAAAGAAUAGAAACAAAUAUGAGGUUCAUUUUUUAAAUUGACAACAUUUUUUUAAAUUAAACGGAUUUAGCGUACAGUUUUUAUAAAUGAGAUUCGUCUUUAAUGUUCGCAAAUAGUUUCGCGGUAAUUUAAUAAUGCAUAAUUAUAUUAAAAAUACUGGUUGAAAACAGGACAUUCAAUAAACACAACUAAUGACCUUGGUGUUAUUUUUAAUAUCACUUAACUCAAAUUUCAUCGACGCGUAAAUGACAGCUUCAUUUAAAUGAUGCCUCAUUAAUUAAAACUCGAGAUUACCUAAAUUCAAAACGAAUAAGACUUUUUUUUUUUAAUAAACAAAUGCAGAAACAAUUUCAGAAAAGUGAAUAAUUUAAAAAUAACAUUGAUUUUUGUGAAUCUGUGAUUUUAAUAUUGAAUAUAUUUUGGUCCUAAAUUUAAACGUCAUGCUUAAACUAAAUUAUAUAUUAAAUACAAUAUUGGAUACGGGAGUUUUUUUUUCUAUACACCUGUUUCACAUUAUCUUAUAUGUGUAAAGGAGACAGUGGAUUAGCGGUUGACUUACUAUCAAGAUUCCAUACAAUAUAUCUUGUGAUAUCGUAAUAACAAUGUAUAUUAUGUCCAAUUAAGUUGUCAGUAGUAUAAAUAAUUUAAUAAAGUAACAAAUCAUGUU